AUGGUAAAACUGUGGCUGGGGAAGAUGAGAAGGAACUUGGAGAUGGAACUCGGAGAUGGAGAGGGUGAGGAACUCGGAGAUGGUAAAACUGUGGCUGAGGGAAAGGGUGAGGAACUCGGAGAUGGUAAAACUGUGGCUGAGGGAGAGGGUGAGGAACUCGGAGAUGGUAAAACUGUGGCUGAGGGAGAGGAUGAGGAACUUGGAGAUGGUAAAACUGUAGCUGGGGGAGAGGAUGAGGAACUCGGAGAUGGUAAAACUGUGGCUGAGGGAGAUGAUGAGGAACUCGGAGAUGGUAAAACUGUGGCUGAGGGAGAUGAUGAAUUCGGAGAUGAUGAAUUCGGAGACGUUAAAACCGUGGCUGGGGGAGAUGAUGAGGAAUUCGGAGGUAGUAACAUUGGGGUUAGGGGAGAUGUACAUCGUGGGGUGAUGAAUGACGAUGAUGACGAUGUUGAAAAUGAUUACGAGGAAUUUUCUCUGGAGAAGAAACAGGUCAUGUUUAACCCUUCGAAGGAGGCCGAGAGCAGUCACUUCUUCGCCUACCUCGUCUCCACCGCUCUGCUGGUGGCCAUCAUGUACAUCGGAUACCACAACAAGCGCAAGAUCUUUGCUUUUCUGCUUGAGGGCAGAAGGGGGAAGUACUCACGGAGACCCAAAACAUCAGACUAUCAGAAACUUGAUCAUCAUUGAUGGAUCAUUAACUCAUCCCGAUUCUCCGCGGUGAUUCUGCAGGAUCGAGCUGCGACUUCAAACACUCAACCCGGUCCUUCUUCUCGUCGUGUUUUGUUUGGUGAAGGUUCAGCAUGAUUGACGGUUGCUCGUGUGUUUCCUGUUCUCCUCCUGUCCGUCCUCAAACAGGUUUUCGUGUAAUGCCGAUUACGACACUAACGCUUUCGGGUUCAUCUUUUUUUUUUCGGUUUGGUUUACGUGCGCUUGAUUUAUAGGUGUAUAUUGGGGUUUGUUCUUUCAUGGUAGAAAGGGGGAGAUGGGCGAGAUGUGCUUCAAAAGAGAAGCGUAGAAAAUUGAGGAAUUGUUUCUGAAGUGAACGGCUUUGCGCAGGCCGGGACGUGGCAAUGUGCGAUAGCAGCACGUAGACCUCAUAAAGCUUUGUUUAAAAGAAAAAACACAUCUCUGCCGUUCAACCCUAUAUUAUUAUUAUUAUUAUUAUUAUUAUUAUUAUUAUUAUUAAUCUUUUUUUUUUUUUUUUUUUGUCUAAGCCAGCUUCAGACACAUCACGUGUGCAAUGAUGUGAAAAUAAGGUGUGUUAAGAAGCACAUGUGGAGAGAUUCAGCUAAUUAUUUACUGCUCUGUUACACUGGGUUAGUGUGUGUGUGUGUGUGUGUGUGUGUGUGUGUGUGUGUGUGUGUGUGU